UCGUUUUCCCCAAAUGGUAUACAGAGCAACAAACCAAAUGGAUUUGUCGAUAUAUAAAUACAGGUAAAAGGACUCCGUGAUGAAACACCGCCGAUCAAUAAGGGAAAGGCCACAGCAGAAACGUAAAAACAUAUUAUUAGCAGACGUCGAGCGAGUGCCAGUGUAGAGAAGGUGAUUCACAGGAUUAUUGGGCAGUGUUUUGUUUUAGUUUUGUGCAAUCAAUUUAUUUAAUGACAGUUUUGAUAGCGUGAAAGCUACAUAUGUUUUUGUCUGGACUGUAUACAUCAUGUUUCCGGCAACACUUUAAAUCAAUAGUUGGAAUUAUGAGAGAAUAUUAAUGAGUUUCCAUACGAAUUGAACGCGAGUGUGUAUGACGCAAAAGUUAUUAUUAAACAUUAACAUUUCGUUAUUGAACAUGAUUGUAAACUGUUUAAUGCACGUAACGGUGUAGCCUUAGGCUAAUUAAAAUGUUCUAACACAUUUUAAUGACAGCUUUGUGUAUUUUUAAUGGACAUCAACAUGUAAAUGAAAUGUUGAAUGGAUUGUAUUGUGGAUUAAAAUGUUAAAUCAUAUUGUUUGUGUUUAUAGUGAUCAAUAUCGGAACUAUGAUAUGGAUUUAUGUUUAAUAUCUUCGUUGAAGUUAUAUUGUAGCGGUAGUUACAAGUGACAUAAUAAUUUCAGCGAUUAAAAUGUAGUUUUUACGCAAAAGUUUUUAUAGGACUGUAAAUAAUUGUAAGAUAAUGUAGCGUUAUGGUAUAAUUUCAACACUGUUUUUCUCCUACAUUGUAAUUAUACUUUUUACUGGCUAUAUAACCCACGUGUACUUUUCACUCUUGAUUAUUUUAGGGUAAAGGGGUGAUUUUUUUUGUUCCGUAUUAAUUAAAUGUCGUGAACUUGAAAGAUUUGCAUAAUAUUGAGUUGAUAACAGAAGACGUUAACUGUGUGUAAAUAUUGACUCAUAGUAACAUGUGUUUGAAGAGCUAAUCACAUUUUAUGAAAUAAGACCUGGCGUUGUAUGACAAAACUUUCGAUUUUUUACGCUUACCUUAAGCGGUUACAUGUGAAUUAAGCUAUUAAGAUACUAUCGCAGAUUAUCCUUAAGAAAACAUUAGACUAGACGGAGAUUUAUUUCUUAAAGUUCGUUUCACUGCCGUCAGAAAAAGGUAAAUGGAUACCGAGCGUGAACUUUUCGACAACGGGGGCGAUGAAGCUGGGUUAAGAAAUAACUUUGGGGACGAAGAUAGCGUGCGAGCUAUGCUGGAACAAAAGGACAGGGAUUUGAUGCUCGCGGCAGAACUUGGCAAAGCAUUGUUGGAAAAAAAUUCAGAUCUUGAGAAGAAAUUGGAACAAACUGUUGAGGAAUAUAACCAACAUAUUGAGGCACUGGAACAAGAAAGGCACGGCUUACAUCUAAAACUAGAGAACUUGGAGGGCGAAUACGAGAACACGGUGAAAGAACUGCAGUAUGAUAUUUCACAGUUACGAGAGGAGCUUGAUAGAAAUAAACAUGAUUCUUACACUGGCGAUAAAAACAAACUUAACAGAAUACAAGAACUAUCACAACAGAACGAGAGGCUACUCGACGAACUACAGAAUGCAAAAAGACUUGAGCAUGAGUAUGAGUCGGAGCUGCAGACGAUUAAGAACAGUGGUCUGGCAAAUAUUUCCGCCAAACAAGCUUAUCAGAUAGAGCAUCUUCAAGAACAGAUAUCAUCGUUGUCAGGACAGAAGAGUGACUUGGAGAGAAGUUAUGAGAAAGUUUCAGACGAGAGAGAAUCUUUACUUGGUGUUAUUGAAGAGACGCAAGAUAGGAUUAAAGUACUGGAACGUCAAAAGGCAGAUCAAGAAGAUCAGCUGUGUCGCAAGGAUGAAGAAAUCCGUGACCUUCAUGAAAGGAAUUCACAUCUCAAUAUCCAGAUUGAUCAUCUAACAGAGAAAGCGUCUAACAGCAGUGGCCACUCUAUAACUCUGUUUAAUGAGCUAUCUCAGUUACCUGGCAACCAAGACAUGUCCAUGGCAACGGGCUCUCCAAUAAACCCAUAUCCGCCUAGUAUGUUUGGUGACGAUGAGAUUGAAUGUGACGAUGACGACUACCUUAUGUCGUCAUCGUCUCCCCUGAGAUUUGAAGAUACGACCGCGGAACAGUGUGGACAACAAUAUCAUACGCAAGAGACUGAAAUGGAAAAUGAAAUUGUACACGCCUACAAGCAUUUGCGUCAGAUAUGUCGGGAGAUCAAAGCACAAUUAGGUGACAAAGUUUCUGACAAAGUAGACGAGGAUGCUGGUGCAUCGAGUAUUUCUGACGAUUCCGGAAGUUUGAACGACGUGGUGGUAGAACUACGGGACACUAUACACGGUGCAAUACAGCAAGCUAACCAGACUCAAACAACACAUCUAGAAGAAAUCCAUUCAUUACAACAGCGAGUUGGCGAGCUUGAGAGGGAUCUUACAGAAUGUCAAACAAACCUCCAGAAACUUGAAGAACAAUUACACAUUCGUGAUGUUCAUCUUCAACAGAAGUCUUACAAGAUCACCGAAUUGUCCAGACAAGUUGGAUCACAACAUGAAGAUAUUAAAAUUCUUUCGAAUCAGCGUGACAAACUACAGGAUAUGUUGGCACCCGACACUACCAAACCACAAAUGUAUAGCGCUAUGGCACUUCUUAGGCAUGCGCGGAGAGAACGGGAUGCGGCAAUAGAAAAACGAUAUUCGAUGGAGAAGGACCUCCAGCAGUCCAAGUAUGAGAUCAUUGUAUUAAACCAUCAGCUAAUGGAAGCCAUUCAUCAGAAAAAUAAAGUCUCCCAACUUCUAGAUCAGUGGCAGUCGGACAUGGCUAAUUUGCUAGGUGUUCAGAUGGAAGCCGGUAUUAAUCCUGCAUUAAAGUUAGGCAGUCAGGCAGACGCUGGCUCGAAACCUUCAACUAAUCUCAAAGAAAAUGAUUCUAGAACAGAAGUGAAAAAAGAAAAUGAAGAACAACCGUCAGAGAGUGUCACUUAGCCUUUUAUUGUUGUUCUGUUCGCUUUCAGAAUGCACAUGUGCUGUUUUUAAACAUAUCACAUUAUACAAUAUAGGUUCUUUAAAAAUGGUCAAUACUAAAGAACGAAAUUACUCAACCAUAAGAGUUUACUGUAAAAGCUUUUAUGUUUUUUGUACUAAGAUGGAAUUAGUCAUUUCCUAAGCUGUGCAAUAAUUGUAUAUGGUACACCUUCCGUCAUUUAGUCACAAAAAAUCAUUUAUUUUAUUUUUUACACCACUGCUCAAUUGUUUCCAGAUUUUGUUUUGUUUUAAAUUUAUUUUUUACAUUUUUAAGCAAUAUGCUAAACUCCUUGCCAAUAGUUUACUAGACAAACUGUAGUUUUUGCUUUUGUUUAUUUCUAGUAACACAAGAGUGGCACUCUCUUUAAUUAUUUAAGACUACGAUUCGGUAACCAAAUCAUUUCGUUUUAUUGAUUUGGAUUACAAGAAUCUCAUAGUGCAUGUAUAAGGCGUGAUUGUGCCACUUCCCAAAUAUCUUCUUUCUCAAAUUAUACUGAGGAAAAUGGAGAACAUACAAAUAUAUUUUUGGGAAAGACAACAUGAUUGCAAAAUUAGGAGCACCAAUGGCGAAACACCUUCUUUGUAUUGAAAUGUGAUGAAAAAAGAUGUGAUUGGAUUCUUGAAAAGAAAACAGAGCUUUUUGUGUUGAUUAACGUUGCAAGUAAUGUCAAGCAACUUUAGACUUCGACAAGUACAGUGUAUUUACAUUUUUUGUACUUUACGAUCUUAAAUUAUGUGGAAUUAUAAAGAGAAGGAAAAAAUGCUUAUAAAUAAUUUUACGAAAAACAUUGAAUGUUAUCUUUUAUUUUGAUUUUUUAUUCUUGUUAAUGUGAUUUUUUUGUCAUCAAUAAUGGUCAAUGGGUAAAGAGAAACGGUGCUUUGAUCUGGAGGGCAGCUUGUCGAGGAGCGUUACUUGUGGCAUUAAGAAUGGUUCGUUUCGUUUCGUUUAUUGUGGAGCAAAUGUUAUAGUUGUGCGCUUUUACAAUCAGUUCGAUUGAAAAUAGAAAUAAAAUAAACGAAAAAUA